CACUGCUAGUUUCCAAGCAACACGUGAUUAGAUUAAAAUGUACUUUCGAUAAACCUCUAAUGUUGUUUGUUUGUUAAUUAUUUGUGCCCAUGAUUCCUACAUUUCAGUUGUUUUGAAUAAUUUGUAACCUACAGCAUACGUAAAUCCUGAAAUCAACGUCGAUAGGUGAUUGUGUAAAACACAGCGAUUAAAGGUAUGUUUUUUAGAUGGCGACAGCAGAAACAUAUUCCAGGGAUGAUAGCGUCAAUGCAGACGAAAUAAUGCAAAAGUUAUACGAAAUGUUUGGGAGUGCGUUCGAAUAUCAUGUUAUCCACUCUAUUGCACAGAAGUGUAAUUAUAAUAUUGAAGUAACGUCAAAUGAAUUAUUAGAGCGAUUAGAAACGUCGACAAAUUCCAAAGUGCGGGAUCCAAUGGUUGAUAAUACUGCCGAGUGUAUUACUGCACCUGACAUUGGCGCACAAACAAAUCGGGAUAGCGUAAGGCUUUAUUCUGGUGUGAUUGGUUCAAAUCAAAACAAUGACGAUGCAGAUGUCGUUAUUGAAUCGGAAACUAUAAAUUAUACUGCAUUUGCUCAGAAUUCUCCAUUUAAUCAUAUAUCAGUUCGCUCUAAAACACAAUCGAAAAAGGAAAGAGAAUUUGAACGAAUUGUUCAACACGUUCGACAAGGCGCCAAGAUUCUUAUAUUAUUGAGAGGGCUGCCUGGAAGCGGAAAAUCAUUUUUAGCUAGGCAAAUUGUUGACCGAACAGUUGGCCACAAAGACUAUUCUACUUUUAUUUUAAGUUCUGACGAUUACUUUUUCAAUAAGCGAACAAAGAGAUACGAAUAUGAUGUUUACAAGCUGCAGAAUGCUCACGAGUCUAAUCAGCAGAGGGCAUAUAAGCAAAUGUCGACGGGUGUAAGUCCAGUCAUUAUUGAUAAUACAAAUACACAAAUGUGGGAAAUGAAGUCAUAUGCUAUGAUUGCCGCUAACUUUGGGUAUAUUGUUGAAAUAUUGGAGCCUUUUACACCUUGGGUAUUUGAUGAGAGACAGUUAGCUAGCCGAAAUUCGCAUGGCGUGCCGAAAUCGAAAAUUCGUGAUAUGUUGAUGAGAUAUGAAAAACAUAUUACGCCUGCAAGUCUGUUUCAAACAUAUAAUUUAUCAUAUCUAAAUCAAGUUCCACCAGUUCUUCGAGAUUUUCCUCCAGUUUAUCACAAUCCGCCUAAAUUAGAACAGGCUACUCGAAAAAAUGUGAAUAAUCCACGCAAGCAAUCACCAUCGAAGGUUACUGAUUUAAUAGGUUUUGAGGAAAAGACUAUAAAUCAUAACGGUAUUCGAAGUCUGGAUAAUGCCGAUGGCUUUAAGCCAACUUCAAGUUUAAUGGAUAGUAUUUUGACAGAUACAAAUACAACCGCUGAUGAAAUAUUACUACCGAGCAUUUACGGAUUGAGCAAUAUCAGUUUAAAUUCACAACCAGAAGUCAAAAAAAUCUGCGUUUCUCCCAACGAGUCUCCAUCUAAAUCAAGGAAUGACGAAAUCCAUGGUAAAGUCCAACAAAUCAAAAACGCGAAAGAAAUAUAUCCAUCUUUAAAUCUUGCGUCAUGGGGAUUGCCAGAUAAUGCUAUAUCCUCUUGGGAGUUUUGGGACGUGGUUACACCAGUAAAUAAUUCGAAGGCGAAUUCUCCGGAAAUUGGGCAUGCUGAGGAAUUCGAUGAAAUUAUUGAAAAAUCUCAUUCUGCCACAAACACUUCAAGCCACGAUUUUGCCCUGUUAACAAAGAAAGACCUUUCAAAUGAAGAAAUCAGAAUACUUGAGACAGUGAGUCGUGAUAUUAAUGCAGGUUUUAAAAUGACACCUCCUAGCAGUCCUUCUAAGAAGGCUUUAUUACAUAAAAGCUCUAUGACUAAUGAAGACCAUAUGGUAGAAGAUUGUGAAAAUGAAACCGAACAACUUGAGAGUCUAAAAAGUCUAUUCCCAACAAUACCCUUUGAUUACAUUCGCGAUAUUUACGACAAAUGUAAUAAAAGUAUUAAUUGGGUGGUAGAUUUACUGCUAGAUGACAAUAAAGAAUUACUACCAACCUUAAACUCCAAAAACAUAAGUACUAGUCCAACUAGACGCGUAUCGUGGCAGAAUUUGCCUGAAUCAAGUUUAAAAUCUGAGAACACCCCGCCAAGUGAAAUCGCUAGUAGUUGUUACACUGACAUUGAAAGACAUAUUAAGAAAAGUAUUGAAAUAAAUAAAGAUUUGUAUUCGGAUCAUGUGUUGAAAAUUAAGAAUGCAAGGCAGAAGUCAACUGCGUCAAGUUUCGAUGUAACUUCCACUCGGGCCGGAGAGGUGAUCGCCAUAAAUUCAGACAUAGAUAUUAACGAUUUUGAACCAGAUAUUAAUUUUCCAACAGAAGACUUCGAUGAAGAUCAAACCGUUGAAAUCAACUUAGGAGAUGUUUGCGUUACCCAGCUGGAAACCUUGUUUGGUUUUCCCGAAACCUUCCCCAAAGGAUUCCAGCCAGUCGUUCAAAUUCCUUAUGAGCUGGCAGAACAGCUACAUGCCUUUUAUAUUCAAUCUGCACUCUUGCAAAUGGAAGCGCAAAAUACAGUCUUAGAUAUGAUUGUAAAGGAAGAUGAGGAGUUGGCGAAAAAGUUACAAAUGCAAGACGACAUCAUUGAGGAGGCUGAUAGUGGGAGAAGAACUCCAGAUCUAAACGAAAUUAUUAAGGAAGAAGUUGCUAAUAAGGCUUACAGAAGAGAAAUGGAGGAGUGGAAAAAAUUGACGCCCGACACUCUAGCUGCUAAACUGACAAUACAAAAGCUUUGUAACUCCUUUCCUUCUGUAAGUAAAUCGUUACUCAUGGAAAUUUUACACGCCCAUAAUAAUUCGUACGAGCAAACUGUUGAAGUGCUUUUGGCUUCUACUGACAGAGAUAGCAUCUACGAUCCUCAUGAGGACAUUAGAGUACCACCCAUACCCGAUGCUGUACUAAAUGAAAUGAAGCUGGCAAAUGAAGAGAAACUUGCGACCGAAACUGUAGAUGACGUAUCAAAAACUGCUAUCGAAUAUCGUGAUGAAGCAAAUGACUAUUACGGAAAACACAACGAGUGUAUGCAAAAGGCACAGCGAGCAUUUCAGAGCAGGCAGUAUGCAGUCGCACAAUUCUAUUCCGACCUUGCAAAAUCAUAUACGCGACUAUACGAGCAAACAAAUGGUCUGGCAGCUACGGCGUUUCUUCAGGAACACUCCGAAAAAUUGCAGAACUUUCAAACUUUGGACCUUCACUACUUAUACGUGAAGGAGGCUCUUCCCGCUUUGGAUAUAUUCUUAGACCGAAACAUCAACUUGUUAAGAGGUACCAAUAAAAAGAAGGAAACAUUAUUCAUUAUUACUGGUAGAGGCAAAAGAAGUCCGGGAAAAUCUCGACUUAGACCUGCAGUAAUACAACAUUUGCGGAAACGUGAUAUUAAGUACUCACUUCUAAACCCAGGUCUACUAAACGUUAACAUACAUCCUCAUUCUGUUUUGACACACAAUUUGCAACAAUAAAGCCAAUCAUAUGGUCCCUAUAAUUGUUACCAGGUUAUUUUUUUGAAUUUUCAGUUUUUAAGAUAAGUAUAGUGAAAAAAAUUCGAACGUAUCUACUCUUAUUUUUAUUAUGAUUAGGUGGUUUUUGAAAUGUUACAUAAUGUAACAUUAAUUUCAUUAAAAGUAAUGACACUAUGGUUUUGGUAUUGAGCAGUACUCAAGUGUUCCAGUUAAUCAUACUGCUAUCAGUAUCAUUUCAAACAUUUAUCCGUAUAGGUAGUGGCUGACCUUUUAAAUUAAUCAAAUGGCUAAUUUGGUUGAUACCUAUUUUGGAUGGUUACAAGAAAAUAUUUUACCUUAUGUCAGUGGUGCUCUACACUUUACACUUUGAUCUUAGAAUCAGUACUUCCAGCAACUUUUAUUUAUCUUUCUUUUUAUUGUAAUUUUUUAUAGCUUGGUGCUCGACUUGGUCUUGUAAACAAAUGAAAUUUGGAAUCUGAUAAAUAUGCCAAUAUCACGAGUGUGUUUGAUCCCAAACAGUGUGUCAUGGGAUUUUUCCAAUAAUUCAAUGUCAAACUUUUUCCUUAUUUCUAUCUCUUUGACUAUGUAUAUGUUACUUGAAAAACGGAACUUUGUGAUGUCACAACAUACUACUACCAAUUUAUUGGAUAAUGAAUAUACAGAGUGGUGAAUCUAAGUCAAUCCAACUUUUAUAAUUGAGGAAUAGAAUGAAACAUACGAGCACCACGGGGGACAUAGUUGAUCGUGAUUUUCAUUUGUUUUCACGUUGCUGACACUGUACACCAUACCUGAUCUUAAAAUCUGAAUAGCAUUAUACCCCACGUGACACAUUAAACAGGAACUCUUGAAAAUUCUUGUUCGUCUGUGUAAAUGAAUGUUUUCAAGACAAAAAAAAAUUGUUUUACCUAGCACUACAAGUUGUACUACAAUUCUCAACAAAUCUGAAGAAAAAUGAUCAUUCAUUGGAUACUUACUUGUUUUCAACCAGUUGCUUCCUGGGAUGCAAUAAAAAUACAGGGCGAGAUAUAUCUUCUCGAUGGUUUGUGAUAAUUUAACAUGAACUGAAUAUUUUAUGUGUGUACUGAAUUUUGUGUUAUCAAAUUAAUUAGAAAAGAGUCUAUGGUUUGAUUUCCAUUUUCAAUUUUAUUGUUGGAGAGAUAUCGAUCAACUUGAUACUACACAAUACAUUAUGCAAAUGACAGCAUUCUAACUGUCUAUGACAAUUGCUGAAAAUUGUGAGCGAUUGAUCCACUUGUGUGGCUGUGGAGAUUCCAUUUGUUAAACCUUGUCAAGUGACUUGACUGAACUCAUAAUCACUAUUUUAUAAUCUGGUUUCCACGAAUUUGUUGGUCUUAUUCUUAUAUCCUUUAUAUCCACUUUUUUGCAUUUUUUGUCCAUGCCUUUGCACAAUACGACUUCAAAAAUUUAAAUUGCUGAUUAAUUAUUAUUUAUUAAUUAAUAAGUUAUGGUGCACUUAUACAGUUAUAAAAAUCGUUUGUACAUCUUGGAACUCUACUUGAACCUCUGGCCAUCUUUUUUGGUAAAUCUAUUGGCCAAAUUUGAUUUUUAUAAUGCAAAUUUUGUAAGCCUAGUGCUUUUUUAUGGAUAGAAUGAAACACUGUUUUUUAUCAGACAUUUUUGAUUGUUGCACAAAAGUCGUAUUUUGAUUUUCGAACUACAUACAAAUUUGGGGGUCUAUGAAUAGGUAUAUACAUAGUUAGGUACUUAAUAGACAGGACUUCUGCCAUUUAAUGUGGAAGCCAUUGAGAUAGAAGGUGAGUUAAAUUAAAAGAGAAUGUAUUUUUGAAGAGAACAAUGGGAGCAGUUUCAUCUUUACUAGAUAUUUGCAUGUAGGCACAUUUGAUGAAUGAAUGAAUUGAACUUCAAGGCUGCAAAAACAAAGAUAACGAUUUAGUAAUUUCUUUAGACAUGACAUGACAAUAUGCUUUUGCAGCGUAAAAUAACAGAAACUGCUAAUAUUUUUACAAAACCAUAACUUAUAAUAAAAUAACAAAAAACUGCCCUUGUUAUGAGAUGUGCAAUUGUUGUACAGAUAAAUUUCUGUAGCUUUUGUAACAGAAAAUGGCCCAUUUUAAUUUUUAAUUAAUAUCUUCUUCAGAAAAUAAAUGAUCAAACUGUGUUUUUAGGAAGUAAUAAAGGUGACGUGUUGUCUACCAUCUGUUUAAAAGAUAAGCUGAACAUGCGCCAAGUGUAGGUUUCAAAUAAAUUGCUGUUUUCCCCAUUACCUUUCAUUGUAACCAUCCAAGAUUUUUCUUUUGUGCGAUAAUAGUGCAGCCUGCUUGAAGAUUUGGGGGAUUCACUGGUCAGUUAUUAACUUGAACAAUAUUGCUCAAAGUAACUGGGUUGCAUCAACCAAAGAUGUUGUACACGUUUCUUAAAUUGUUUCCAUUAUUUUUUGUUAUGUUACUGUUGUGAGACCUACCAGUCUGCACUAGUUAUAUUUUACAUAUCAUAUUAUUGUUAUUUUCAUUAAAGGUUUUGAGUAAUCA